AUGAAGCUCUCAUCCAUCUUGUCCAGCCUUGCGCUCGCGACCCUAGCGAGCGCCGCAGAGCGCACGGCAGCAAUCUACAUCCAGCCAGUCUUGUCCUCGGCACCGGCUCCCGCGCUCCUCGCAGAGAUCACCUACGACCCGUACCUGCCCUCCGAAGCCUCGGUGUCCUCCUUCGAGUUCCCGGAUCUCGAGUCCCUGCAGGCCACCAAGAACUUCCGCGUCGGCGUCUACUCGCCGUCGUCGAGAACCUGGGAGAGCUCGGCCAGCAUCGCAUCCGUCGCGAACUUUGGCAAGGGAUACAGCCCGCACAUCAUCCUGAGCGUGGACCAGAGCGGCGACGUGCAGGGCGCCGCGCUCAAGGGGGUCAGGAUCGACGCCGGGCAGACGAGGGACUUUGGCCCCAAGGCCGUCAUCAGGGUCGCGGAGAAGGGAGAACAGGUUUCUCUCAACAAGCCCGUCAAGCUCACGCCCGAGGGCAAGCUGAAGGAUGAGCAGCAGGAGAAGACCUUCUUGCAGAAGUACUGGUGGUUGAUUGGUAUUGUCAUGGUGCUCACACUCACUGGCGGUGGCGGAGAUGGAAAAUGA